ACUUCCUCACACACCCCUCCUCAGUUGUUAUUUGAAACCUCAUGCCCACAUACACAUGUAAAUACAGACAUGGAGCUGCUUUGUACACAGGCACACAGUACACACUUGAGGGUGGAAUGCAAUCAAACUUCAAAACUCACCCAAAAGCAGUAAACUAAUAUAGUUAUAUCAUGUAAGUUAUGACAACUGUUACUAUCAAAGAACUGAAAGUACAGCUAUUGCCAUGAACAUUUUGGGAUGGGGUUAUACAAUACUGUAAGAAAAAAAUACUGAAAAACAGAUAUUAAUCUUGCUUCCUCCUCUGUAUGUUUAGACACAGCAAUCAUAUGGUACAUGACAUCCUUGAUGGAACUAACACACACACACACACACACACAGAUUCUUGUGAUGAUAUUUAAGCUCUCAGAACAUGGGGAAUUUAGAUAUAGUGUCAUCUAUUACUGGAAAUGCCCACACAUUUAGAAAUGAGAUGAGUUGCAGUCAACACAGUGUUAUCAGUGAGGCCAACAGACUAGAGAGCAAACCACAAAGGCUAAAGUUGGCUGAAGUGUAUCAUCCCAAACACCCACAAAACAGGGGAAGUACUGAGCACAACAGCUGGGGGAGCGUGGAUUACACAAGGUUGGGGUUUUAUUUUUAUUUACUAUAUGUUCUGCAAAUGAGGAGGUGGACAGAGGAGGAAGGACUGGUGUAAAACUCUUCAGCUUCAUCAACCUCCAUGAAACAAGACUAGACAAAUGAAAUGAGAAAGUACUCCCCGAAAGCAGGAACUGAUAAGACAGAGUUCGACCGACAUACAUUUCAAAGGGGAGGGCUGUUUUUUUUUGUGGUUGCUAGUCUGACACAGAAUCUGGAAACUUGGGUUUCCGUAACGUCACUUCACUGCUGUGCAGAGUAGAGGAGGGACUUGGUUCUCUCUAGCGCUCCUUGCUUUGCUUUCUCUCUUUUUGUUGCUUCUUCUAGUUAUCACUCUGCCGCAGGAGAGUUGGCUGGGCUCUAGAGCUGAUCUGGACUCCUAGUCCUGUGGUCAAUGACUUGAGGAUUUGCACCUCAGUUUGUGGCUGUCUUGCUCAGAAGAGCAGUACAUGUGGGCAGAGAGUGAUUCAUCUUCAAAAGGACUGCAAUGCAUGAGGGGGAAACAAGAGAUUUGCACAAAACAGUUCACCACUUCCUGAGACCCAGUGACGUGUUAGACACCAACGUAUGUCAGUGUCGACAUCAGCUUAGUCAUCCCAACUUUCAGGACCUGAGGUUUGAGCUACUCGUCUUCACUUCACCAAUCAGCAAUGGCGUCCUCCUCCAACUCCAGCUGCGUGGUCAAUGACAACAUGGAGCCCUUUGCUGCCAUGUACAUUGUGAUCUUCCUGGUAGGGAUGGCUGGGAGUCUGGUGUCCCUCUGGGCCUUCAUCCGCGGCCGAGCCACCAAAAAGUGCAUGAGCGUCUAUCUCAUCAACCUGCUGACCUCCGACUUCCUGCUCAUGCUCGCCCUUCCGUUCAAGAUCGCCAAGGACCUGGGCGUGGACUCGGUGCCGUUCAGCGUCUUCCAGUGCCAGUGCAGUAGCGUGCUCAUCUACAUCAACAUGUACGCCUCCAUCACCUUCCUGGCCUUUGUGAGCAUGAACCGCUACCUGCAGAUCACCCAGAGCUCCCGUCUGCUCCACCUGCAGGAGCCGUGUUUCGCUGGCGUCAUGUCCGCCGUGGUCUGGCUCCUGGUGCUCUUCAUCAACGUGCCCAACAUGGCCAUCCCGAUCGAGGAGAAGCUCCCCGAAGCGCCCUUCGGCUGCGCCGACCUGAAGACCCAGCUCGGGAAGCACUGGCACCUCCUGUCUGUCUUCCUGGGCAUGGCCAUCUUCCUCAACGCCUCGGCCGCGCUGUUCCUCUCCAACGGCCUGGUGCUGAAGCAGCUCUGGGGCCGGCGUCACGCCGAGCCGGCCGAGCGCGCCAGCGUGCGCCAGGCCACCGUCAGCAUCGCCACGGUCACCGGGGCCUACGUGCUCUGCUUCGUGCCGUACCACGCCGUGCGCAUGCCCUACACCUUCACCCAGACCAACUUCAUCGAGGACUGCGAGCUCCAUCGCUCUCUCUUCCUUGCCAAGGAGUCCACGCUCUUGCUGGCCAUACUGCACCUGUGCUUCGACCCCGUCCUCUACUUCUACCUGUCCAGCUCGGUCAGGUUAAAAGUCACCGGGGUGCUCUCGAGCAUGAGGAGCCGCGCCGGGGACAAAGAGAUGGCACCUGCCCCUGAACUAGAGCAGAAGCUGGAGCCAUGAGAGAGAGAGAGAGAGAGAGAGAGAGAGAGAGAGAGAGGGAGAGAGAGAGAGAGAGAGAGGAAGAUGUGAUGAUAGCAUAUGUCUGUAAGAAAGGGUUUAUGGUUUGUGCUUUUGUGCUUUUACAUAACUUAACCCUAACCCUAACCAUCAAGAUGGCCAUAACGAAUGUCUGACGAGAGGGGAAAAAAGAGAAAUGACAAAAGUGUGUGUGUGUGCGAUAGAGAGAGAUAGCAAAAGAAGGAGUGUAUGCGCAUGUGUACGUGUGAGAGAUAAGGUAUGAUGGAGACAACAGGAAAGAAGACAAGUGGACAGAAAGAGACAAAAUCAGUGCAACGUGACUAUGAGACAUCAUGAAACCAGAAGAAACCUGUCAGACACGGUGGAAAGACCAUGUGGUCAGUCAGUAGAGUCUGACUGACCACAGGACUGGAAUUAGUAUCUAGAGAAAAAAAACUUCCCGUUUUCACACAACCAGUGCUAUUGUGCAGAGAUUGCCUUCACAGGCACCUGCAAGCUUACUUCAAAAUCAUCGGUGCAGACUGACUUAGUCUUUUUCAUCUUUGUGUGCUAGCAGUGCGCUUUCGAGUGUUCUAAUGUCACUUUAGAGUAUUUUUAUACUUUUUGAUGUAUUACUCAGAAAUAUUGUAAUUUAUUUUAUAAGAGUAUCAUAUUGUAAAUAGAAGUACGAAUCGAUACAAAUAUAAUAAAAUGCUGCAGCAAUAUUAUAAUUAUUUUGAUUACCGGUAACCUUGUGUACUGUGAUACUGCAUUGUAGGUCUAGACUACUUUUGAUACAUUUUAGUCAUACAUUUGAUGCAGUUAGGUUUUUUGUUGAUGGAGUUAUAACAGUCUACUUCUCCGUAUGUGAAGUUCUUUGAGUAAAGACUAUGGACCCUUUCAAGAGAGUUCCAUUAUCAGCAUCAUAGUUGGCCCCACAAGACUUCCUUUUUAACAUUCC